UUUAUCGGAAUUAGUUUCAAAUAAACGUACGGAUUAUGUACGACAGGACGUGUUUCACCUUUCGGGGUAUAAUGUGUACCUAGUGUGAAUUAUUAUAAAUUCCAUAAAAAUGGUUCCAAUACCUGAAUAUACAUAUGAUUUUUGGAUACGAGGUCAAAUUGACCCUAUCGUGUUAACUUGCUUAAUGCCUAAUGGAAUUCUUAUACCUUUGGAAGCAAGUAAAAAUGCCACCCUUCUGGAAAUUAAGGAGGACUUGUGGGAGGAGGCCAGCAAAUAUCCUCUCCAUGGAAUGUUACACGAUAUGUCUGUUUACGUUUUUGCAUGUAUUAAUAACAUGUCAGAAACGGAACAGUUGGUUGAUGAAACUCGAAGGCUUUGCGAUGUACGACCAUUUUGUUGCAUUUUACGAGUUACGGAAUGUAAAGGCGAUAAACCAGAUCGCACUUUAAAUACCCAAAUUAGUCAUCUUAUCGGAAAAAGUUUGCAUGAAUUUAAAGCGUUAAAAGAUCGUGAAGUUAAUGAUUUUCGAUUACAUAUGAGACAUUUGGGUGGUGCAAUAUGCAGAGAUCGAUUAACAAAAACAUGGGAGGAAAAAUUAUAUUAUCAAUUUCCACCACGAUUAGCGGUAUCUAUUGAGGUUCCAAAGACUAUAUUAAUGAAAUUACGAGAGGGUAAUAUAAUUCUUUCGGUGAAAUUCGAAAAUACAGAGACAACCUUUACAUUUGGCGUGCCAUACACGAUGACUCCACACAAACUGUUAAUAACGAUCUUAAAUAAAAAAGCCAAUACAUUAAAUCAACGUGGUGAAAGGCCGAAUGAUUUUGUCUUAAAAGUAUGCGGCCAAGAUGAAUAUCUUGUUGGUGAUUACCCCUUAGUACAAUUCCUUUACAUACAAGACUCAAUUUUACGUGAUGUAACACCUGUUGUCGUAACAACAUCUGUCGAAAAUGUUCCAAUUGUUUCGGAUAAUGUUUAUGAAAAUCCAGAGGAUUUAGAUAUACAAACAGCACGACCACAACCGUCAACAUUAACAAUGCAAAGGAAAAAAGGGAAAUAUGUGUCAUCAUGGAAAAUUGAACAAUCAUUUACGUGUGAAAUAUCUGCAAUAUGUGGCUUAAACUGUGAUAUUAAUAGAACUAUUGAGGUAAGAGUGAAAGCUGGUUUAUUUCAUGGUGGUAAACCAUUAUGUGAAACACAAAAAACAAGUGAUAAACAAGUAUCUAGAGAGGGUAGCGUAGAAUUUAAUGAAAAUUUCACAUUUGAUAUAAAUGUAUGUGAUAUACCACGAAUGGCACGAUUAUGUUUUGUUGUAUAUGAAAUUAGUAAAAUUGCUAAAAGUGUUAAAUCACGUCGAUUAAAAGAAUCAAAUAAGGAGUUAUAUAUAAAUCCUUUAGCAUGGGUGAACACGACUGUAUAUGAUUAUAAAAGUCAAUUAAAAACAGGCGCAAUGACCUUAUACAUGUGGACGUAUGCAGAUGACAUACAAAGUGAAGAUUUACUUCAACCUCUAGGUACUGUUGUAUCAAAUCCUAAUAGAGAACAGGCUGCUGCAUUAACGUUAUCAUUUGAUAAUUAUGGUCAAGAACAAUCAAUUAUGUAUCCACCUGUUGAAAAAUUAAUUGAAUAUGCUCAUCAAAAGAAUUUAACAUCAAAAAAUUCAAAUAUUGAUCUUAAUACACCAAAUCGUUCCUAUGAAUAUUUUAAGAAAUUUGCUGAAAGUGAUCCAUUGCAUGAACUUCAUGAACAAGAACGUAAAACAAUUUGGUCACAACGUUACUAUUGUCUUCAGUAUGUACCUGCAUUGUUACCACGAUUAUUACAUUGCGUUGAAUGGAAUGAUCGAUAUGAAGUGUGUGAAAUAACAGCAUUGUUAGAUAAAUGGCCAAUAUUACGUAUUGAAAAAGCAUUAGAGUUAUUAGAUUAUGCUUAUGCUGAUCAAACUGUACGAAGUUUUGCUGUUAAGUGUUUAAAAAACAUUGGCGAUGAAGAACUUUCAUUGUACCUGCUUCAAUUAGUACAAGCAUUAAAACAUGAAUCGUAUUUAUCAUGUGAUUUAGUAAUAUUUCUUUUACGACGUGCAUUACAUAAUCAAAAAAUUGGUCAUUUUGUGUUUUGGCAUUUAAGAUCGGAAAUGCAAAUGGCUUCAGUAUCCGUACGUUUUGGUUUAAUUUUAGAAGCGUAUUGUUUAGGUAGUCCUGAACAUAUACCAAUAUUAACACGUCAAAUGGAAUGUUUAGAAAAAUUAAAAGCUAGUAGUGAAUUAGUACGGCAACGUCAAAAUAAAGAUAAAGCUCGUUCAUGUUUACAAGAUUGUUUAACUGAACGAUUGUGUGAAGAGACUGUUAAUAAUGUGUUAAAUCCUUUAAAUCCUAGUUAUAGAUGUAAACGAAUCAAAUUAGAAAAAUGUCGAAUUAUGGAUAGUAAAAUGAGACCAUUAUGGAUUGUUUUCGAAAACGCGGAUCCAUAUGGUGAUGAUAUUUAUAUUAUAUUAAAAAAUGGAGAUGAUCUUAGGCAAGAUAUGUUAACGUUACAAAUGUUACGAAUUAUGGAUAAGUUAUGGAAAAAUGAGGGAUUAGAUCUUAGGAUGAUUCCAUAUAAUUGUAUAUCAACGGAACACAGGGUAGGAAUGAUUGAAGUUGUUUUAAAUGCUGAAACUAUUGCAAAUAUACAAAAAGAAAAAGGAAUGUUUUCUGCAACGUCAGCGUUUCGACGUGGAUCAUUAUUAGCAUGGUUGAGAGAUUACAAUCCCACCGAAGCGGCAUUAAAAAAGGCAAUCGAAGAAUUUACAUUAUCAUGUGCGGGAUAUUGUGUUGCCACCUACGUAUUAGGUGUAGCAGAUCGACAUUCUGAUAAUAUAAUGGUAAAAAGAACUGGACAACUAUUUCAUAUAGAUUUUGGUCAUAUUUUGGGCCAUUUUAAAGAGAAAUUUGGUGUGCGACGUGAACGUGUACCAUUCGUAUUAACGCAUGAUUUUGUAUAUGUAAUCAAUAAAGGUAAACGUGAUGCGCUAGAAUUUCAAAUAUUUCAAAAGCAUUGUGAACAAGCCUUUAUGAUCUUACGGAAACAUGGUUGUUUAAUAUUAUCGUUGUUUGCUAUGAUGAUUUCAACUGGUCUCCCGGAAUUAAGUUCUGAAAAAGAUUUAAAUUAUUUACGUGAUACUUUGGUUUUGGAUUUAUCUGAACAAGAAGCAUUAACACAUUUUCGAGCGAAAUUUGAGGAAGCGUUAUCGAAUUCUUGGAAAACAUCAUUGAAUUGGGCAUCACAUAACUUUGCAAAAAAUAAUAAGCAAUAAUAAUUCAUUCAAAUUGCCUUCAGUCAACAAAUAGUACGAUUCUAGUGUUGUUUUUUGUUUUUUAUACAUAUAAUAGUCUAAAUAUAAGAUGUUUCAAAGUUGCACGGUAUUAUUUUAAUUGCGUGUUCUUUAGUUUAAUGUAUGAGCAAAAAAGUUCAUAUAAAAAUAUGCCCGAAAAUAAUUUACUACCGAGAUAUUGGAGCAAAAAAAUUUAACAAUACGAUAUUCCAAGUAGCCGAACUUUGUAGAAUGAAGCAUUUAGACUGACGAUUCUUGAUAGUUGUUGCGGCUUCUAAAUCCGUAUUUAUAAAAUAUUGUCACGGUAUCUUCGGAGUAACGCGCCAUUUUAUUGUUCUAAACAUUCUAUUUUCUCCUAACAAACAGACAGACUGAGUUACUUUCAAAUUUAUAAUAUUAGCUAGGAUUGAUUAACAGAUUGUAAUGACAUACAAUUAUUUUAAAGAGUCUUAAACCACGACUACUUGAUUUCGUACUUGAUUAACAUCUUACUUUAAAAAAAUACUUCUUUAACCUUCUGUAUCUCUGAAAUAAAUUAUUUUAGGUCAUAUUUUAGGUGAACUUUUUUUGUUUAUUUUGAGCUAGAGAACACGCAUCAAAAAUAGCACUGUGUAAUUUCAAAACAUCCUGUAUAAUAUGUUUUUCUUUUGUGUGUGCCUAAUAUUGUAUCCAAGAACAUAUGCUGUACAUAUCGAUGAUGGUAAGGAUAAUCGUGAGUUUUCUUCAAAGAUUUUCUUGUGUUUUCCUUUCUUUUUUUUCUUUUUUUAAAUAUUUUUCUAGAAUAAUAUUGUGAUGGUGAUACACUUUAUGGACAUUAUCGCGGCAUUACAAGCUAAGCCUAAACUGAAAUAUUUAGACGUAGUGAGAAAUUUAUAAUUUGUUGUUGAAUUGUAGAAAAUUCGAAAAUAAAUUAUUUUAGGGUCUAGGAGACGGUUGACAGUUAUUUUAUAAUGUCUGAAAAAUUUUCAUAGUUCAGGGUCUACUUUUUGAAUAAAAAAAUUUUUUAAAAAUUUUGUCCGACACUAAGAAGACCAAAGUUAGAGAUAACUGUUCUUUUCAUAAUCAUUCAUUCAACUUGAUACGUAAUAAAAAAAUUUUUAGGUCUCUUAAAAAUGUAACCCCUGCUAUUUAAAUAUUUAUAGAGGAAAAAGCCAUUAUAAAAUGACUGUCAAAUAUCGUGCCUGGGUCUAGAUGUAAAUUUUUUUUGUGAGUUUUCUGCAUUAAUUUGUGUUAAGUAAAUACACUGAUAUUUGUGUUGUAUGUGACCGAGAACAUAAAAACGUUAAACGAGUAAAGGCGAUUGAUUAAAGGGUACGUUUUUAGCAAUACAUUGCAUUAAUUAAA